AUGGCUCUCCUCGGUGUUCACCAUAUCAGCACAACGGCAUACCACCCUUCCUCCAACGGCCUCGUCGAGCGCUUUCAUCGUCAGCUGAAAGCUUCGCUCAUCGCUCGCGAGGUGCAAACCAGCUGGGUGGAUCACUUGCCUGUUGUCAUGCUGGGCAUCUGUUCGGCCUUCAAGGAGGACCUAUCCUGCACCGCAGCCGAGCUUGUUUACGGGACGACACUGCGUCUUCCUGGCGACUUUUGGAGCGAUACCGACGGCGUACGUUCUCUUCCCCAGGCCGAGUACGUCCAGCAGCUCCGACGUUUCUUUCGUGGCCUGGCGCCGGUUCCCUCCAGGUCGCCGCCCCCCUCCAAAGUUUUCCUCCACCUCGACCUCAACACGAGCACCCACGUGUUCCUGCGCCAUGAUGCUGCGCGGAAGCCGCUCUCGCCACACUACAAUACCCAAUACCGUGUUCUCUCCUGGAACAGCAAGACCUUCACAAUCGACAUCGCGGGCCAGCGCCAAGUCGUCUCGCUGGACCGCCUCAAGCCGGCCUACCUUGAAGCCGUCGCCCCCGCUCCCCCACUCGCUCUUGGCGAGGACUCCUCCCCCGCCUUAUCUCCUCCGAAGCCUCGUCGCAAAGUUACUUGGGCUGCUCCGCUUCGUGUCCACAGCCCCACGUCGCCUCCGCUCUGA